UAGAAGCUUUUCUAUCUGUCUUUCUGUAAAUUUUCUUUCAAAUGUACAUAAUUUUGUCUUAAAACAAUUGAUAACAUGGCUUAAUAAAUUCCUUUUACCUUAGGACAUCUAGGCAACCUCUUUAGUGAAGAAGCGGAUGCCUAACUGCACCAACGAUCUAUGAGAACUGCCCUAAUUGGCCUAAUACUAGUUUUCCAGAAGGGCAUAUUAUAGGAUGCUGCUAAAAUGAUCACUUUUUCUCCCUCUGGAGGCUUGAGGCUUUUGUGUGUCAUGAAAAUAAAUCACAAGCAGUAAUUUUUCCCAGUAAGGGAUCUCUUGGUUGUAGUAAUAGUAGAAAACCAAGUGUCAAGCUAAUUGAUAUUUAAGAUUCACAUUUAGUUAAAUUUCUUUAAGCUUUUAUUCAAUAUCUUUUAAAAAGAUGGGAUGUUCUGUAUCAUUUUCAGUUUAGUAAGCUUAAAUGCUGUUGGUCUUUUUGGUUAACUUGGAAGAUACAUCCUAUACAGAUUGUGAUCUGCACUCACUACAAUUUAUACUUAGUAAUUUAUUCAACUGUUUUUUAAGCAUAGGUUAGUAAAAAUCUCUGGUACUUUCCUAAAGAUGUUGUAAUGAAUUAGUGAAGGAUGUGGUUGACACCAAGUGUUUUAAUUCUUAUUGUAUCUUUAUGGAUGGAUGUUAGAUAAUUGGUACUGUUUCCAGAUAUUCGAGGCUUUUGCUGUUGUAAGAAAAGGAUACAGUUGGGUGAAUUUAAUAGAUUAAAAAGUCUAAAUGAUUUGUACUUAAUUUUAAUCAUUUUGGUUCAAUGAUUGAUCUGGGGAGUUAAAACUAAUAAUUCUGUGUUUGAAAAUAUUUAGUAAUAGCAGUUGCUAGUUUUGCCUUUUGUUAGUUCAUUGCUCUAAUUUAUGCUUUGAAUUGCUUUGUACACAGAAACCUAGAGCUCCUAUUAUUUUUGAGGCUUGGUAAAGCCUGGUUUGAAGAUUGCUUAAUUUUUGUUGCCUAUAGCAAUGUUAAUUUAUGUAACAGAAUUUUAUUCUUUCAGUUUAUCAACAUCAUUAAUUCAGAAAUUAAGACAUAAUUCUUGCGUAAAUAAUAUGAAGUAUCCUAAUUUAUGUUUUCCUCCCCAGUUGAUGGGAAUGAUGCCAAGUUUGUUUCCAGCAGUGAGUUAGGAUCCUCGUGAUUGUGUGCUUGCUCUUGGAGUUCAGCAGAUAUGUAUAGUGCAGACUCUUUCCUCACUCCAUCAUUAGUAGAAUUAAGCAGUUUCUUUCUUUCUUUUUCAUGAAAAUUCAUGCGGUAUUAAUUUACCAGUGUUCGAAUUUUAGAAACCUACUAGCGUUAAGACUAGUGUGGCAUUUACGUUCACUUUUUUCAAGGCGUAUUCUUCAUUCUAAAGGAGAGCUAAGUGAAGAUAGACAUAAACAGUAUGAGGAAUUCGCCAUGUCUUAUCAGAAACUGCUGGCCAAUUCUCAGUCCUUAGCAGACCUCUUGGAUGAAAAUAUGCCAGAUCUUCCUCAGGACAAACCAACACCAGAAGAGCAUGGACCUGGAAUUGAUAUAUUUACGCCUGGUAAACCUGGAGAAUAUGACUUGGAAGGUGGCAUAUGGGAAGAUGAAGAUGCUCGGAAUUUUUAUGAGAACCUCAUUGAUUUGAAAGCUUUUGUUCCAGCCAUCUUGUUUAAAGACAAUGAAAAAAGUUGUCAGAAUAAAGAUUCUAAUAAAGAGGAUUCCAAAGAGGCAAAAGAAUCUAAGGAUAAUAAGGAGGUGUCAACUCCUGAUGAUCUGGAACUUGAGCUGGAGAAUCUGGAAAUUAAUGAUGACAACUUGGAGUUAGAGGGUGGAGAUGAAGCUGAGGAUCUUACAAAGAAACUCCUUGAUGAACAAGAACAAGAGGAUGAAGAAGCCAGCACUGGGUCUCACCUCAAGCUCAUAGUGGAUGCUUUCCUACAGCAGUUGCCCAAUUGUGUCAACCGGGAUCUGAUAGACAAGGCAGCAAUGGAUUUUUGCAUGAACAUGAACACAAAAGCAAACAGAAAGAAGUUGGUACGGGCACUCUUCAUAGUUCCUAGACAAAGGCUGGAUUUGUUACCAUUUUAUGCAAGAUUGGUUGCCACAUUGCAUCCCUGCAUGUCUGAUGUAGCAGAGGAUCUUUGUUCCAUGUUGAAGGGGGAUUUCAGAUUUCAUGUACGUAAAAAGGACCAGAUUAAUAUUGAAACCAAAAAUAAAACUGUUCGUUUCAUUGGAGAAUUAACCAAGUUUAAGAUGUUCACAAAAAAUGACACAUUACAUUGCUUAAAGAUGCUUCUGUCAGACUUUUCUCAUCACCAUAUUGAAAUGGCCUGCACUCUCCUGGAGACAUGUGGACGAUUUCUUUUCAGAUCCCCAGACUCACACCUAAGGACCAGUGUGUUGCUGGAACAAAUGAUGAGAAAGAAACAAGCCAUGCAUCUUGAUGCAAGAUAUGUCACAAUGGUGGAGAACGCAUAUUACUACUGCAACCCCCCUCCAGCUGAAAAGACAGUAAAAAAGAAACGUCCUCCUCUCCAGGAGUAUGUGCGGAAACUUCUGUACAAAGACCUUUCUAAGGUUACCACUGAAAAGGUUUUGAGACAGAUGCGGAAGUUGCCCUGGCAGGACCAAGAAGUGAAAGAUUAUGUUAUUUGUUGUAUGAUAAACAUUUGGAAUGUAAAAUAUAACAGUAUUCACUGUGUAGCCAACCUCUUAGCAGGACUAGUGCUCUACCAAGAAGAUGUUGGGAUCCACGUUGUGGAUGGAGUCUUAGAAGAUAUCCGAUUGGGAAUGGAGGUCAACCAACCUAAAUUUAAUCAGAGACGUAUCAGCAGCGCCAAAUUCUUGGGAGAGCUGUAUAAUUACCGCAUGGUGGAAUCAGCUGUUAUUUUUAGGACUCUGUAUUCUUUUACUUCCUUUGGUGUUAAUCCUGAUGGUUCUCCAAGUUCCCUGGACCCUCCUGAGCAUCUUUUCAGAAUUCGACUUGUUUGCACUAUUUUGGAUACCUGUGGCCAAUACUUUGACAGAGGUUCCAGUAAACGAAAACUCGAUUGCUUCCUUGUAUAUUUUCAGCGUUAUGUUUGGUGGAAGAAAAGUUUGGAGGUUUGGACAAAAGACCAUCCAUUUCCUAUUGAUAUAGAUUACAUGAUCAGUGAUACACUAGAACUGCUCAGACCAAAGAUCAAACUCUGUAAUUCUCUGGAAGAAUCCAUCAGGCAGGUACAAGACUUGGAACGUGAAUUCUUAAUAAAACUAGGCCUAGUAAAUGACAAGGAUUCAAAAGAUUCUAUGACUGAAGGGGAAAAUCUUGAAGAAGAUGAUGAAGAAGAAGAAGGAGGUGCUGAAACAGAAGAGCAAUCUGGAAAUGAGAGUGAAGUCAAUGACCCAGAAGAAGAGGAAGGCUCUGAUGAUGAGGAGGAGGGAGAAGAAGAGGAAGAAGAGAACACAGAUUACCUUACAGAUUCCAAUAAGGAGAAUGAGACUGAUGAAGAGAACACUGAGGUUAUGAUUAAAGGAGGUGGACUGAAGCAUGUACCUUGUGUAGAAGAUGAGGACUUUAUUCAAGCUCUGGAUAAAAUGAUGCUGGAAAAUCUUCAGCAACGAAGCGGAGAAUCUGUUAAAGUGCACCAGCUUGAUGUUGCUAUUCCUUUGCAUCUCAAAAGCCAAUUGAAGAAAGGUCCCCCGCUGGGUGGUGGGGAAGGAGAGGCAGAGUCCUCGGACACCAUGCCGUUCGUCAUGCUGACAAGAAAAGGCAAUAAACAACAGUUUAAGAUCCUUAAUGUGCCCAUGUCUUCCCAACUUGCGGCAAAUCAUUGGAACCAGCAACAAGCAGAACAGGAAGAGAGAAUGAGAAUGAAAAAGCUCACUCUAGAUAUCAAUGAACGGCAAGAACAAGAAGAUUAUCAAGAAAUGUUACAGUCUCUUGCACAGCGUCCGGCUCCAGCAAACACCAAUCGUGAGCGACGGCCUCGUUACCAACAUCCAAAGGGAGCACCUAAUGCAGAUCUAAUCUUUAAGACUGGUGGGAGGAGACGUUGAUCCAGCAGCACGUGUCAUUUCAUUAGGUCCUGUAUCUGAUGUUGUGGAUAGUGGAGUCCUCCAGCAAUUGAAUGAGAGCAGUGGACACAUCUCAGCAUGUCGGUCUAGAGAGUUGUGAAUCUAAACCUGGGACAGGCUGGGGCCAUGGGGCAGAAACACCAGCCUCUGCCAACACCGGAACAAGCCAACAAGCCGAAGCUUCCAGACAAGGCAGAAAAGGCCUUUUGUAAUGGAAAUCACGUGAGGGUUAAUCUUCUCUUGAGAAUGGCAGUCAAGAAAUGAGAUGGUUCACCUGAAUACUGAGCAGUUACACCCAGAAGAGCGUCAAAGAGGUGGUUGAGCCGGAGAAGAAACGGUUAUGGUGGUAUGAUAUAGGGUAAAUGAACUUGAGUUUUUAACUUAAUUGAGUUACAGUGUCUCUGAAUUGAACAUCUCAUGUUGGAAGAAGAUACUUUUGGGGGCUCCAGGACUAAAGUAGAAAAGUAUAGAGUAAACAGUAAAAUCUUCUAGUGAAAACUUACAUGCAGGACAACAAAAUGAUGAGAGAUAUCCAAAUACCAGACAAAUCCACCAGGAAGGCUUUUGUUUAGGAGGUUGUUUCAAGAAGAACCAGGGAUGAGGGAGGAAAAAAAUGCUUUAUCCAUCGGAGUCAGUCAUACAAAAUUGCCUAUUAGCAUGAAAGAAAAAUGUGAAGACUGUUAAUACGCGAAGAGUGUGAAUUCAGAUGGCUUAGAAAAGUCUGAUACCAGCCUACAAGCAGGGAUAGAGUUGAGCCCAUUGUAAGUAUCAUUGAAAACAAAAUGUGCCAGUCAGCAUGUCACAGAAAACGAACGAAGGACAACAAGAAGUGGAUCAGAAUAUUUUGUUGACCUUCAUGGGUUUACAGCCUGUGUCUCUAAACAAAGUAUGGAAACAAGUAGAGCUUUUAUUUUGCUUUUGUUUUCAUUUUGUUUUGUUUUGUUCCCCACCUUACCCCCAAAUAGAAAGGAGGGUUCUUAGUCUGUUUCUGACAAUCUGUUAAUUUAAUAGAAUAGCUGUCUUUCGUUUGCUUCCCAGUAGGCAUAGUGGAUUUAGUUAGAGAGCACAUCUGUAUGCUACAACUUGAUUACAUCUUUUUCUAGCUAUUUUGCAUUUUUCUUUUACCAUGUUUCAGUUUCUGCAUGUAGAUUUAAAUAGGAAACAAAACUUGUAAAGUUGUACCAUUUCACUUGGAAAUGCUGCCCAAUCUUCACCAGCUUCAGAAAUUUGACCUUUGCCAAUGCUGCAAUAAAGUGUUGUAAUUUA